AUGAAAAUCUCAACUGCCUUCUUAUUUGCUGUCAUCUUUUUGAUCCUUUUUGCUGGUUCGGUUAAGCCAGAAACGCCAUUAGGCAAUCCUAUCAGUUUCGCACCCACCAAUAUUGAAGAAGUUUCUGAUGGAGUGUAUAAUGUAGAAUUUACUUGGGAU